UACAACCUGCUGUAUCAGGAUCUGAAGAAAUUUUCAAAAAAUGGAGAACAUUACUGCAAGGAACUCAUGACGGUCUUUCAACAAAGUCUAACAAUGUCAGUGAAUAUGUAGAGGGGAACUAACUGCAGGCACUCGAGUUGUCAAGGACUGCAGACAAGUGUCACAGGGGGGUAUCUGCCUUGAAUAAAGCACAGCCCCCUCUGUCACAGUGUUUAACAGACCUUCAGACACUGUGAACAUCAAACCAGCUGAUAGGAGAGGAUAAGGCAUGGAUAAAGGAUUUCCAAAUGAUUUUAUAAGGGAACAAAAAAAGAGCUGACCUUGAGAUCAGUUAUGCAAAAGGACUGCAGAAACUGGCUAACAAGCUAACCAAAGCAUCAAGUGGCAUGACUAAGAACUCUACUUACAUUGCUUGGAGUCAUGUCUCGGAUGAAAUGUGUUCUACAGCUGAUAUACACAGAACACUGGGAAACGCUUUUCAGCAGGAAGCCAUUCAGCAAAUUCGACAAGUUCUUGACGAUCACACAAAAAAGAAAAAGCCUUUAGAUAAUGCCGUUGAAAAAAGUGGAAAGUAUGUACAAGCCAACUGGAAUGAGCAAAUCAAGAUAAAAAAGAAGUUAUUUGGGUUAACAAAGGAACAUGAAGCCCUCUUCAAUUUUGUGGAAAGCAACAAGCAUUUGUCCACUGAAAAAGAAAAGCAGAAGAUGCUUAACAGACUGACAAAAUCUGCUGAAGUCCUGGCAAGAACAGAUGAGGAAUACUAUCACAUCAGUAUGGCUGGUCACGAACACCGAAUAAAAUGGGAGACAACUCUGAAGAACUGCUACCAGAGCAUCCAGGAGCUGGAAAAACAGCGCAUUGAAAUAUUAUGUGAAAUUCUGAAUAAGUACAACGAGCACAUCUCCAGUUUUGGGAAGACUCUCAUCAUUUGUCAAAAACAGAUUGACCAAGCCAUUAAGAAUGUCAAUGUGGAAAAGGACAUACGGACCUUAGUGGAAGAGACAACCGUAACCUCAGAAGACAACAAAGCCGAGUUUCUUCUUGCAGAUUAUUUUGAAGAGGACAACAAAACUACAAUGACCAAAGACAGGAGAAAAGCCUCCCUGAAGGUGAAACUCCAGCGGCUGCAGGAUAACAUCACAAAGACCAGAAAAGACCGGGAAGGUUUGGAGAAAAUGAUGAAGACCUACAAUGAAAAUCCAGCCUUUUCAAACAAAAAGAAUCUAGAAGAGACUGAACAGUUGCUUGAUGAGACAACACUGAAACUGAACCUUUUGGAAGCUACAUAUUUUAAACUUUCUACAACUAUGGCAGAACUACAAGGGAAACCAAAACCUACACAUCAAUUUAGUGACAGCAUCACCAAAUGGAAAGACAAGAAAUUCAUUUUUUCGAAGGACUAUCACCACAGCAUUGUACAAAUACCCCGUCCAGUCAAGAUCAAAAAGACACCUUACAGGUCGAGGCUGUCCAUGAGAUUCUCAGUCAUUCACAAUGAUGAGGAGCAAAAUGACUCGGCUAUCCCAUCUGUGUCAAGAAGUAGCAACAGUGGUACAGCCUGUGCCCUCACUGCAACUUCAACAGCAGUAGACAAUGAUGCACAUAACGGGUACCUGUCGGAUUUUGAUGAUGAAGAGAAAAUCGAUAAGGGUAUGGAGUUUGCCACUAUCGGCAAAUGCAGGGCUCUUUAUGAUUUUAAGACCGACAUAGCUGAUGAAUUAACCAUACAGGAAGGUGAUGUACUAAACAUACACCAAAAGGACGACAGUGGUUGGUGGUAUGGCUCUUUAAGAGGGAAGAAAGGCCAUUUCCCAUCUACAUAUGUUGAAGAAUUGCCAACGUUAAAUUUUAACCAAUCGUCAGAAGUAUAAUGAACUGCUUGUGCUUGUCUAUUCUCAUAUGGUUCAGGUAUCUAAUGAAAACUGGCAAGUUAACGCUGCUAAAUGUUUUCAAACGGAAAAAUUGCUAUUGCUAGAUUCAGAAAAGAUCUAGAUUUUUAUUGAAUUCAUUGCUGAAGACAAAUUAAAAGUAGCACUCUAAAUGCCUGUCCUGUAUCUCCACCUUCAAGCAUACGAACUAUAUGAACUUGGAACAUUCUUGACAUCACAUUAGCACAUCUUAUUAUCCUUAAAAAUCCACAUUACACACUCCCAUUUUUUUCCCAUGUGCUACUGAAUCAGGGUGGUAGACAAUUGUAUAAGAUUGUAGUGAGAAAAAUAGAACAAAGCAUGUUUGUAUAGGCUGAUUGACAAUGGACUGGAUCUGCAACUGGGAUUAAUUUUCCUGAAAAAUAUAUUUCAUGUUUGCCUAUUGUUCUUUUUUGACUUAAUGGUACAUUUUACUGUAGAUAUCCUAUAUAGACUAAAGAUAAUGCUUAAUAUUUGUAGAUUUGGAAAGACAGCCACCUUGGCUACACUGCUGCUGUCCUAAAAGAUAUUUAAUCUUCCAUGCUGCAGUAAGACAACACCCCCAUAAUUUCAUCAGGAAAUUUUGCUUUAGUACUUAUACCUUAUACUGCUAUCAGUACAUAUUUCAGGGCUUGAAAUUAUCCAAGAAUUAAAGUCUCUCCCCUUCCCAUUGAAAUCUCAUCUCUCAAGUAUUUGUUUGCACUACAGUAUCUAACAUUAUACGUAAUGUAAAUAUUGUUGCAAUGUUGUUUCAAAGAUAUUUUAAAAAUACUGCCAUACUGUAUAUAUGCUAAUAUAACAACUAUUUUACUUAAAAACAUAAGUUACAUGAUAUUAUUGCUAAAGUGCCAAUAGCAAUGAAAAAUAAUGCACAUGUGCAUUUGUUAUUUUUUACCAAGCAUAGUCCAUCAUGUAGCUUGUUUGGGAAAACGUUAAAAUUAAUUUCCAGCAAAUAGGUGUAUCAUUAAGAUGCUAAUACCAAAAACCCAAAAAUAUAUUUUCCCUCAAAUUGUAUUCCACUCUCUAUUAACAUAGAAAAAUGUUAACUACUUACGGAAUAAAGAUUUUAUUAUUAGCAAAGGGAAA